AGCGCGGAGCCCCGGCGCCGGGAGGGGCCGCAGCAUCGUCUCCCCCGCGGCGCCCCGGCCCGGAGCGGAGGAGGAGGAGGCCGGGCUGCGAGCCGCCCGCCGCGGGGGCCCAGACCUGACACAGCCCUGGCCCUGAUUCCCUUUGCUGCUCCAAGAGACAGGCUCUGAACCACCUCCAGGCCUGAGAGAAGAUGACCCUGCUCCAGUGUGUCCAGCUCAGGUGAGUGACGAUGGCAGAGAGGACGUGACCCACGCGGACCCCUCACACACCGAGUGGCACCACCAUGCAGAAGCCCAGCGGCCUGAAGCCCCCCGGCCGUGGGGGGAAGCACUCGAGCCCCAUGGGCCGGACAUCCACCGGCUCGGCCUCCAUGUCUGCUGCGGCGGUGGCCACCGGCUCCAAGGAAGGCUCCCCCCUGCACAAGCAGGCCUCGGGCCCUGUGGCCCCCGCCGCUGCUGCCGCCGCCACCACCACUGAGAAGCCAGGCCCCAAGGCGGGCGAGGUGGGCGAUGACUUCCUGGGGGACUUCGCGGUGGGCGAGCGGGUGUGGGUGAACGGCGUGAAGCCGGGCGUGGUGCAGUACCUGGGCGAGACGCAGUUCGCGCCGGGCCAGUGGGCCGGUGUGGUGCUGGACGAGCCGGUGGGCAAGAACGACGGCGCCGUGGGUGGUGUGCGCUACUUCGAGUGCCCGGCCCUGCAGGGCAUCUUCACGCGGCCCUCCAAGCUCACGCGGCAGCCCACGGCCGAGGGCUCGGGCAGCGAUGCGCACUCGGUGGAGUCGCUCACCGCCCAGAACCUGUCACUGCACUCGGGCACGGCCACACCGCCGCUCAGCAGCAGGGUCAUCCCGCUGCGGGAGAGCGUCCUCAACAGCUCGGUCAAGACGGGCAACGAGUCGGGCUCCAACCUCUCGGACAGCGGCUCCGUGAAGCGUGGCGACAAGGACCUGCGCCUGGGAGACCGUGUGCUGGUUGGCGGGACGAAGACCGGUGUGGUGCGGUACGUGGGGGAAACAGACUUUGCCAAGGGCGAGUGGUGUGGCGUGGAGCUGGAUGAGCCCCUUGGGAAGAACGAUGGGGCAGUGGCGGGCACCAGGUACUUCCAGUGCCCACCAAAGUUUGGUCUCUUCGCGCCCAUCCACAAGGUAAUCCGCAUCGGCUUCCCAUCCACCAGUCCGGCCAAGGCCAAGAAGACCAAGCGCAUGGCAAUGGGUGUCUCAGCACUGACCCACAGCCCCAGCAGUUCCUCCAUCAGCUCUGUCAGUUCUGUGGCCUCCUCUGUUGGGGGCCGGCCCAGCCGCAGUGGACUGCUCACAGAGACCUCCUCGCGCUAUGCCCGCAAGAUAUCCGGCACAACUGCCUUGCAAGAGGCAUUAAAGGAGAAGCAGCAGCACAUCGAGCAGCUGCUGGCUGAGCGGGACCUGGAGCGGGCCGAGGUGGCCAAAGCCACAAGCCACAUCUGUGAAGUGGAGAAGGAGAUCGCCCUGCUCAAGGCACAGCACGAGCAGUAUGUUACAGAAGCCGAGGAGAAGCUGCAGCGGGCUCGGCUGCUGGUGGAGAGUGUGCGGAAGGAGAAGGUAGAUCUGUCCAACCAGCUGGAGGAGGAGCGGAGGAAGGUGGAGGACCUGCAGUUCCGAGUGGAGGAGGAGUCCAUCACCAAGGGAGACUUGGAGACCCAGACGCAGCUGGAGCACGCACGCAUUGGGGAGCUGGAGCAGAGCCUGCUACUGGAGAAGGCGCAGGCCGAGCGGCUGCUCCGCGAAUUAGCCGACAACAGGCUGACCACGGUGGCCGAGAAGUCGCGGGUGCUGCAGCUGGAGGAGGAACUGAACCUCCGGCGCGGCGAGAUCGAGGAGCUGCAGCAGUGCCUGCUGCACUCGGGCCCACCGCCUGCCGACCACCCCGAGGCCGCCGAGACCCUGCGGCUGCGCGAGCGGCUGCUGUCCGCCAGCAAGGAGCACCAGAGGGAGAGCGGCGUGCUGCGGGACAAGUACGAGAAGGCGCUGAGGGCCUACCAGGCGGAGGUGGAGAAGCUCCGGGUGGCCAACGAGAAGUACGCGCAGGAAGUGGUGGACCUCAAGGCCAAGGUCCAGCAGGCCACCAGCGAGAACAUGGGGCUCAUGGACAACUGGAAGUCCAAGCUGGACUCGCUGGCCUCGGACCACCAGAAGUCCCUGGAGGACCUCAAGGCCACCCUGAACUCGGGCCCGGGUGCCCAGCAGAAGGAGAUCGGGGAGCUGAAGGCCGUGAUGGAGGGCAUCAAGAUGGAGCACCAGCUGGAGCUGGGCAACCUGCAAGCCAAGCAUGACCUGGAGACGGCCGUGCAUGUCAAGGAGAAGGAGGGGCUGCGGCAGAAGCUGCAGGAGGCCCAGGAGGAGCUUGCGGGGCUGCGGCAGCACUGGCGCACACAGCUGGAGGCGCAGGCCAGCCAGCAUCGGCUGGAGCUGCAGGAGGCCCAGGACCAGCGCCGCGAUGCCGAGCUGCGGGUGCACGAGCUGGAGAAGCUGGAUGUGGAGUAUCGGGGCCAGGCGCAGGCCAUCGAGUUUCUCAAGGAGCAGAUCUCCCUGGCAGAGAAGAAGAUGCUAGACCACGAGCUGCUGCAGCGGUCGGAAGCCCAGAGCAAACAGGAGGCCGAGAGGCUGCGGGAGAGGCUUCUGGUCGCUGAGAACAGACUGCAGGCCGUUGAGUCCCUAUGCUCUUCCCAGCACAGCAAUAUGAUUGAGUCCAACGACAUUUCAGGGGAGAAGGUCAGGAUGAAAGAGACCAUAGAGGGCUUACAGGACAAGCUGAACAAGAGGGAUAAGGAGGUGACAGCCUUGAGGUCCCAGACCGAGGUGCUCAGGACCCAAGUAAGUGCACUGGAGACAAAGUGCAAGUCGGGAGAGAAGAAGGUGGAUGCCCUCCAGAAGGAGAAACGGCGCUUGGAGGCAGAGCUGGAAGCUGUGUCCCGCAAGACCCACGACGCCUCAGGCCAGCUGGUCCUCAUCAGCCAGGAGCUGCUCAGAAAGGAGCGGAGCCUGAACGAACUUCGAGUGUUGCUACUGGAGGCCAAUCGCCACUCCCCGGGGCCGGAGAGGGACCUCAGCCGUGAGCUCCACAAGGCUGAGUGGAGGAUCAAGGAGCAGAAACUCAAGGAUGACAUCCGGAGCCUGCGAGAAAAGCUGACUGGGCUGGACAAAGAGAAGUCCCUGUCGGACCAGAGGCGCUACUCUCUCAUUGACCCGUCCUCGGCCCCCGAGCUCCUGCGGCUGCAGCACCAGCUCAUGAGCACAGAAGACGCGCUGCGGGACGCGCUGGACCAGGCUCAGCAGGUGGAGAAGCUCAUGGAGGCCAUGAGGAGCUGCCCCGACAAGUCCCAGGCCAUCAGCAAUUCCAGUUCCGCAAACGGCAUCCACCAGCAAGACAAGGGCCAUAAGCAAGAGGAGAAGCACUGACCCUGAGGGAUCCCAUGGAGCGGCCCCGUCCACACCAGAGCCCCUGCAGCCUGCCCCGGUGGCGCCCCCUCCAGGCAGGGGCCAGGACUGUCACUUUGGAGACAAGAACAGUGUUUGUAACAAUAACGUGCCCACUGCCUCGGACAAUCCCCCAUCCCUGACCCACCUGCCGGACCAGGAGGCUUCCUCAAGCACGACCUUCCACAGAGAGCGGUACAGUCCUGGCCUGGCCCCCGGGACCUUUGGCCUGGACACCCCGGAUACCCCAGCAGUUUCCAGAGUUUGUUGAGGGGGAGGCCGAGGGGAUCUGGCCAGGCCCCCUCUCCCCAGAAGGAGCUGCCUUGCGGACCAUCUUGGCACCCCGGGCAUGUCCCUGCCUCCCUUUCUUCUCUUCCUUCUCCCGGGUUCCCCUUUGACCCCAGAGAGCCACGUCCCGGGAAAGGGUCCAAGGAGGCCCAGCUAGGCACCAGGGAGGGGAGUCCAGUCCUCGGGAGCCAGGUGGGGCCCCCUUUUCUGCAGCCACUUCCAGGCUAGGUGGUGUCCAGGCUUCUUGUCCCCACAGACAGUGGUACAAGCCCCCCACCCCCAGCCCAUCUACCUAGUAAGGCCCAGAUUCAAGUUGUUGGGCGGCAAGGUCCUUCCCCUCCUCGACCCCCCAGCACCAACUCCUAUGCAUAGCUCCAAGCUGCAGGCCAGAGGGUCACCACCAAGGCCAGGAGCCACAGUAUUAGGAGAGUUUGGAAGCCCCUCCCCUCGCCCCUGCCAUGGGCCUGGCUCGAAGCUGGGGCAGGGCGGCUACCGGGGAGCCCAGGGCUCUAGGCAGGUCUUGACUGGGCAGUAACGUGGUGUCCCCUGGGCUGACCAGAUGUUCCAAAACUGGGCCUCUUGUUUGUCCACACACCCACGCAGGCUCUGACACAGACACCCACUGACUUUGGCAUCCACACAGUGGGUCACACACACACACGGGGCCCUGUGGGUGGGGUGUUUGCGGCCAGCCAUGCUCUCGGGCCACAUAAGAUGCACAGGCCUGGGUGCCCAGAACACAUGCCCUUAGGACCGAGCCCCCAGCCUAGCAGUGCCGUGCCCACACACACUGCUCACGUUCCUGUGUACACACCCAGGUACACGUGGGCAAGUGUUCAGGACGUGUGUGCCAUGCACAUCCAUCAGAACGCACAUGUACCAACAGCCCCCUCGCUUCCCAGGCACCUGCCCAGAACUCUGUAAGCCUUGUCCCCCUGUAGCCAAGAAAAGAGCCCAAGGGACAUUGGUGAUAAGAAACAUCUAACCACCUCUCCCCUCUGCCCCUUGAGCCCCGCUGAGUUCCUCCAGGCCUGUGUGUGGUGGGAAAAGCCAAUACAAAAGCCUCUAGAGCUGGAGGACCCAUAGGUCAUUGUCUCGUGCCUCAGCGUCCCCACGGAGGGCCUGCCUCCACCUCCCCCAGCUCAGGGAGAGUUUUCACUCGGGGCCCUCCCCUGCCAGGGCCUUAAGGGGGAAGCCUGUUGUCCCACGGAGGCGUUCCAGAAGCACGUCGGGAAGGGUAUGGCAUCUGUGCCUUGGGUGGCUCCUGGGUGCUCCUCGGCACAGGUGUGUAUGGCUCCCAUCCUUGCCCAAACGCAGCCCAUCCUGGAGGGGCAGCCAGUUUGUCCCAUCAGUCCCCACUCCCCACUGGCUUCUGGUAGCUCUCGCAUGCGGUUUUAUUAACAACAGUCUAGAAGCGAUGCUUUAGUGGCCUAACCCGGAGUUAAAUACUACUCUUUCCAGCAAAAUCCGGCAGCUCACCCCGCCUACAGGAGGCACUGAUUAGUCUACUAACAGCCAAAGGCCCACACAGGAGGGGCUGAGCCCCCCAGGGCGGCUGGCAGGUGUCAGGUGGAAAGAAACCAUUUGCUUGUGAGCGUCUCCACCUGCCGGUGUAGGCUCAGCCAUGCCCCAUCCCCAAGCCCUCCCGCACCCUUGUUCUCCCUAAAGUGGAAUUGUUGAAGUGUGGCGAGUCCGUGCUCGAGACAAUAAAGCUUGUGACUGACGUCCAGGA